AAUGUUGAUGGUAAAUAGAAGAGUGUCGGAGGUGGCCUUAUUACGGAGUAAAUGUUUAAUAUCACGUUAUAAGCUUUUGCUGGGGAUUGUCAACGCAAUAUUUUGUGGACGGAAGGCAGGAUCAUGGGGGAAAUAGAGUUGGGAGCAGCUGCAGAGGCCACCAUCAUGGCCUACAAAGAACUGGCUUCUGAUCCUGGCAAGCGAUUAGCACUAGCAUUGGAUCGUACGUGUAUCCAAUUUUUGGCAUAUGUUGUGGCGGAAGGAGAAGGGUCAUUGGUGAAGGCCGCAAUAGAAACAUUAUCCCUUAUUGCACAAGCUAUAGAAUGCAGACAAUCAUUAGCAAACACUUUUGGUGUACUUGAAUCACUGCAAGCAGUUACAGAGGAUGAAGAAUGUUACAGUGAUGAAUUACGUGAUGAAGCAGCAGCUCUUUUUACAAGCCUCCAGUAUGCUCGUUAUAUGAAAAAGUCUCGCAGUCCCCAGACUCCAACUGCUAGCUCUAAACCAGAACAAGAGACAAAAAAAACAGACGAUGUAGACAGUGCACCAAAGAAAAGCCCUAUUGAUGAAAGCUCCUCUGUAAAUACUUCCCAAAUGAACAAAGACUGUGUAGAGAAGCCCCACAAGAAAGACAGUGUUGAAAGCAAAAGUUCAGAAGGAUCCCCAAAGAAAACUGGAGACACUGAGGGAUCUCCGAAGAAAGCAGACUCAGCAAGAAGCAGCAUCGGCAGUAGAUCUCUCUCUACAGAUGAAGAGCUUUCCAGACUUGAGAAAAAAAUGCGUCAGCCUACUGAAAUGAAAGGUGGCUUUUUGGGACCAAACAAUUCUAAAGCAAAGAUUGUCACUCUUUUCAUCAAAGGAAUGGUUGCCCCUGAACACCGUAAACAGGUUGAAGAGGAACUGGUCAGGGUCCGCGGACUUAUUAGCAUUGUGUUUGACUUAGGACGUUCCCGGGUCACUUGCAGAGUGAAACGGGAUCUCUCUGUUGACAAACUUGCAGCUGCUGUUGCCCGCACUGAGAGUCUGUCUGCUCAACAAGUUACUACUAAUGCAAAUGGGGAAGAGGUUUGUACUCAUGUUUAUGCAAGGAAAUGUGAAGGAAGCAAGCAUGGCAUUGUACCAAUUUGCAUUUUCAUCUCUGCUGUGUAG